CAAGAUUAUAUACCAAAUUGCCCGUGUAAAAAUCGAACGCGAGUCCUAAAAACCGACCAAUAAGUUCCCUUAACAAUGAAAAAGCCUUCGAACUCCUGAGAAAUAAUUAAUAGCGAUUGAAAAGGAAAAACCCCUGGAAAAUUAGUUGCACAAAUGGUCAACAUCGAGCGGUGGCAUCGUCUUACGUGGGUUCAAUGUAAAUCGUCUAGUAGUGGUCGAACUUUCCGAAGCUGAAUAAAUCCCUCACCUCGUUCAGUCCGGAGUUCCAAAUUAGAUAAAAAAUUAUAAAAACCGAGGAUUUAAUUGCUCACAACCUCUGUCCCAGGAAUAAUUAUCGGAAUAAUAAAAAAAAUUCAUUGUUGAACGACUGAAGAGUUUUUUGGAACGUUUAAAAUGUCUGAUACACGUCGCAGAAGGAAGUCAGACCAAUCAGGAGGUUCUGAAGACCUGUCCGAGUCUUAUGAGGAGCUCAAUGCCACCAAGGAAACCCAGAAUAGUGAACCGACGGAGGCACACCAUGACUCCGAGUAUGACACAGCAGGAAGUGAUGGAGAGUCAGACGGUGGAUCUCAGGACGGUGUCCAGAGGGAGAGUGGUGAUGGCCAGGAGGAGGACAAACCCCAGAAAAAAUUGGAUGACGACGAGGACAGGCGAAAUCCCCAGUACAUACCGAAGCGUGGGACAUUCUACGAGCACGACGACAGAACAGCCGAGGAGGCGACAGAGAGUACUGUUGAACAGCCACCAGAGAGGGAUAAUAAAGAGAAGAAGGUCUGGAGGGAGAAGGAGGACAGAUGGGAUCACGACAGGUACAACGAUGAGGAACAGGCGCCCAAGAGUCACGAGGAGCUCAUUGCAGUCUAUGGGUAUGACAUUAGAAAUGAGGAAGGCCCACCAAGAGCUAGGAGACGAAGAAGAUACGGACGUGGUCCCAAUAAAUACACUCGCAAUUGGGAGGAUGAGGAUGCUUAUGGAAAAACCAGUGGUAAUAACACAUCUACGAAACAUAAUAGAAGGUCUAACAGAGGUGGUGAAGAAUUUCCUGCCCUAAGAGGCUCCAAGGACGAACCUGAAACUCCUGAGGAACCUGUUAUCUCGUCAGCAUGGUACACCAAUAAAAACAAAUCCCAAACGAAACAAUCGAAUUUUCCACCGCUCCAGUCACAGCAGGAUAACCAGAACAAUAAAACACCUGGUGUUCAGAAUAAUUUAACUAAUGAAAAUAAAGCUCCGAAUGAGCCGACAAAUCCAGCCUGGAAAAAAGACGCUAAAUACACGAGUCAGAGUCUUAGUCCCAGUAGAAAUAUUCCUCACGUUGAGCCUGAUAAAAUUGUUUAUGGUAAACAGAAUCACGUGAAUAAGCGGCAGGUCCAGGAGUCUGUCAGUUUGGCAGCGAGUCGAGUUAGGGGACGUGGAUUCAAACCUAGUGGUAAUAAUAAUGUCAUUGCCAAUAGAUCGGUCGAGAAUAAAGGGCCGAAGGGUCGCGGAGGUGGAGUUAUCACCAAUGACAAUGUACGGAGAAAUACGAGUCUCGAUGAGGAGCAAAUUGUCAAUGACAUCAAGCACAUGAGCGUCAAUGAUGGCAAUUAUCAUCACCAGGGACGGCCAAGCAGGAAUUUUUAUGCACCACCAACGAAUCAACGUCCCAAUGUUCCUCCACCACGAAUGCAACCACCAUCACCUCAACAGCAGAAUCAUCUUCAAUCACUGCCCGAUGUUGCUGGUAAUAGACCAAAACGAUAUUCCAGUCUUCGACAGAGACCAGCUAUGCCGGAGGGUCCUGUCCAGCAGACGUACCCUCAGCAGCAUUCACAACAUGGACAGCAUAAUCAGCAUGGAUUUUAUCCACCACAAGCUGGAAACGCCCACGGUGUACUAGACUCCCAAGCUUAUCCACAAGGGCAUUUCGAGCCACAACCACCUGGACCAACGACUGUUGCUCCCAUGGGUGGACAACCAGUGAUGCCAUUGCCACCAGGUGGCCAGCCAGCUCCUUAUGCACCUCCACCCUUUUUAGUACCACCACCGCAGUUCAUUCCACCGCAAACUGCACCACCUAAUAUCAUAAAUUAUGUGUCAGCAUCCAAUGGUCCACCAUUUCAACCAAAUUUCCAGGGAUAUCAGGGGUAUAAUCCCACUGUUCAGCCACAGGGUCCCCCACCUCCACCAGAUUUAUUCCAACCCCAGGGCUGUACUUACUAUAAUCCAGCUCAACAGCCACCCCAACAGCAACAGGCAGCUCCAGUUCGUCGUCCAAAGGCAGCAAUUCCUAUUCUGCCACCCCCUGAUAACAGCCAGCAUCACCAGGGUAGUAGGGGCAGGGGUAGAAGCAUCAGCCAGACAUCCCAGAACCCAACGGGUCAUGCCCAGUCCUUCGAGGAGGUCAGGAUGGAGUCCACAGAGAUCAACUCCAAAUUCUCGCCAGAGACAUUCGAAAAUUCACAGCUCGAGGGGCCUGAGUCCUCUCCAGACCACGUCCUACAGUCGGAGAGCAAAGAUUCACCCGUUGUCGUCGAGGGGGAGGCCAAGGUCUUGGAGGAUACAGGAAAAAUUGAGGUUGAGGUACCACAGAUGGAUGAAUUGUCUAAUGUUGAUAUUGAUGAGGGAAAAGUGUCGACUAGUGUUGAUAUUGCCGUUACCAUUGGGGAGACUGACAUCACCAAAGUCGAGACUAUCGUGCAUGAGAAACAGGUUGUGGAGGAAGCAGCUGCCUAAAUUGAUCGAGUGAUGAGUGGAGAAUAUUUAACGACGUAAUUGUCGGUGAAGAGCAUGCAUAGAUUUUGAGGAAACUCAUCUCGAGGGAAAAUUUAAUUUUUUUUCCCCGGACAUAUUUUGAUGGUUGAAUUUCGGUCGAGGCCUCCGAGUGAAUGAUUUUUUUUUCUUCGAAAAUGGAGCCUGUGGGUCAUUCAUUUAAUUGAUUUAUUGAUGAAAUUUCGAU